AUGGCAGAAGGAGAUAGCGUACCGGGACGACAUCUUUCCUUAAGUUCAGAUGAGGAAUUAGAUCCGGACAAUAUUUAUAGAUGUAGAAGUCACCAGCAUACGCAUCCCAUCGAGUAUUAUUGCAAUGACCACAAAGAAAUGUGCUGUGUAAAAGAAGCCUUCGAUGGUCACAGGCCUUGCAAAACGACAAAAAUCGGCGAGCUACAUCAACUUGAACCAGAACUUGUCGAUUUGCCGCAAGCGAUUUCUAGGACAGAACGAAUUUGUUUCCAAUCAGUCACAAUGAAGGCCAAUGAAAAGCUUGCUCGUGAAAACUUAAAUCGACAACUUCAAGAAAAAAUCCAAAAUAUUGAACGUUUGAAGAAGACAAUAAUGGAACAACUGGAUGCGGCCAAGGAAGAUUUUCAAGCAGUUGCAGCUAGAGAAACAAAGGAAGGCACACUGAAUAAAUUAGAUCACAUGGAAAAUAUAAGCACAUUUCUUGACUUGUCACACAGUGUCUCGCAAGGUAGCGAUGUUACCAAGAAAGCAAUUAUAAGCUUGUAUUUAAGAGAUAAAGCACAGGAAGCAAAACAGAACAUGUUCGUAAACUUUGAAAUGGAACACACGAGACAAAUCAACAUGACUGUCAAUCGUUGGUUGAACAGGGCAUUGACUGAAACUACGUUAUUAACAUUUAAUUCGAAACCAAUGCCUGUGUCUAGUGUUCAGUUUAAAUUGUCAGUUAGUAUUUUACUACGAGCAGACGGAAGAUGGCUUAACAAUGAGCCCCUUAUUUCUGGAUUAGACUUUAUUUCACAACAACGAAUCUUAGCUGUUGACAACAGAAACUACAAGCUUAUUCUUCUGAAUGCUGACUUGACAAUUGUCAAUGUUCAUACAUUUGACAGGGCACCAGUUGAUGUCGUAGUAAUCGGGAACUCAGCCGUAGUUUCGAUUCCAGGAUAUCAGAUCCUCGAAGUAUUCGAUAUAACCAGGGACAAUCGCAUAGUUCUGAAAGCGCACUUACCAACAAUAUCGCAGUAUUCAUCUCUCUGUAAGUUUGAUGAUACUUCCAUAAUUGGAUGCGUGUUACAUGACAAAAACUUCAUUCGCAAAGUAACCUUUUGCCAGCAUAUGACAGAGAUAAAAGAGAAUAUUUUGAGAACGCCAUUUCCAGCAAAAAAGUUCAAAAUUAGCGAAAUGUAUUGUGGAUAUGAUCAGGAAAUAAACCGAUUAAUAGUAACUGACAAACAAAAUGCUAAGGUUUACAUCCAUGACAGAUCAGACGACAGUUUGCAGACACUUAUCGAAAAGCGAAAACUAGUUUCUCCACAGGGCGUUGCCAUCGGUCCAUUCUGGAACACAUAUGUUUGUAGCGAACAAACCAACUCUCUACUUCAGUUUUUACCGUCUGGAGAACUGCUAGAUGUCCAUCCUCUGAACGUUAAGUUUCCACACGUCUUGAGAAUAUCGGAUGACAGAGGGAAAAUGCUUAUUUCAAAUCGUCGGGAUGGGCAACGCUUUUUGCAAGUGUAUGACAUUGUUCAUUGGCCGGACUGUAUUUCUAGUAAUAGUGAAACCGGAAAGAAAGCCAUUACAAAUACUGGAUUCCAUAUCAUUCCGUUAAUGUGA